CUUUCGCGGAGGCGGAGGGCGCAGCUAAAAGGGAGCACUGCUCGCGUGCAGGACAUCGGGACGCUGGCGCAGUCUUGCAAGAAGCAGGCCCAGCCUAGGCCAGCACAAUGGCAGCGCCCACAGAUACGGAGAAUCUGUGGAGGUUGCGCCAAGUGUUGCCUGUGCUGGGUGGUCCCCCCGACCCUUGCGGAAUGCUGGGGCCGCAGGUUACCUCACUGCUGACUGGUUUACAACACGCUGAGAAAAGGAAGCAGCUGACGCCAGCGCAGAUUGAUGAGUGCAUCCCGAUGCUCCUUGCACUAUUGGAACAACCUAAAAAUUCUUCCGUAGUUCGAGAUGUGGUCAUGGCCUUAAAAGAAAUAGUGAGUGAACAGAAAGGUCGGACUCGCCUCCUGGUUGAGCAAAGUGCAACUCAGGUGCUGCUACCGGUGCUUCUGAGGCACCGUGACAUGGGCCUGUCUGAGCCAGCAUUUCUGGUGGCCCUCUGCAACCUGCUCUCUCGUCUAGCUGCACAAGAUCAGAAGUUCUGCUUGAGGGCUCGUGUCCUGGGUGCAUACAAAGUUCCCUUGGAAGAGCUUCGGAAAUUCAAAGUCAAAAUCAAGGUUAAGGUUGCCAUCUUGCUGCUGCUGAAAAGACUGCUUGGCAACAAGCAGAAUGCAACUCUUCUUGGUAAUGAAGGCCUGUUGGCGGAGUUAUUCUACUUGCUUGAGGGCAACAGCACUGUUUGCCUCCAGACUACCCUGACCUUGGAGUGCUUGUCCCUGGCCACUUGCUCCAAGCGCAAUGUGCUUGAGCUGGUUCAGAGGGGCCACCUGAAGCAUCUGCUGGCCAUCGUAGAGACGUGCAAUGUGAAGGCUCUUCGAGGAGAUGCGGGCCUCAACCGCAAGGAGAGGCUUCUCUAUCGCAUCAUGCGGGCAGACCUGGAGUGUCUUAUCAACAUUGCCAGGCAUAAGGCCGGCCGAAGGGAGUUGCGGAAGCAAGAGGUGCCACACCUGCUAUGGCGUUGGGCCUCAUCUCUAGGCCCUGGUGAGCAGGGUGACCGCCUGACAAGGGGAGUGUGCCAGGUGGUUCACAGGUGUCUACCACCUUGGCCAUUACCGAUCGCCAGGACCCAUGGGCCUCUGCAGUGGCCCCUUGGUGCAGGCAGCAAUGAAGCCCUACCAGUAGCUGAGGACACCCCAGUGACCCAUGCUUCCAGUGAUCACGAUGAGCUGCAGUCUUCCCAAUCAGCCACUUCAUCAGAACAUGAGGCCGAGCUAGAUGAACCACCUGACAUAUCGAAAUGUGAACCUUUGCCCGAAAAAUACAAUUUGGAUGUGGACUUGGAGUCAUACUCUAAAUUUUUCCCAGAAUUGAAGGUCCACGAGGAAGCUGCGGAUGUCGGCCCUGCUGCAACUUCAGAGGUUUCCUUGACUGCAACUAUGAAGAGCCCCGAAGCUGGAGAUCCUUUAGAAAAGCUCAAGUGUAGCUAUGAGCUUAUGGUGCAAGGCACCCAGGGCCUUGUGCCUUUGGUGAAGAUCGCCUUUCCAGAAAUGAUCGGCCACUUGCAUACUGAGCCGUUAGAACGGCUGCACUCAUGCCAAAAUUCAGGUGCCAGAAACAAGAUACUUGAAGAAGUGCGGAUACGGCUGGAGAAUGUGAGGGAUCCUAGCAGUUUUCCCGUUUUAUACGACUACGACACUCUAGCCCUACACAGCCUGCCUCCAUCAAGACCUCUGAUGAACAGUGACGCACCACGAUCUCUUCAGGAAGUAGUCACCGAGCGGCUGUGGUUCGAGUCCCGUUUUGAAGGUGGAAACCUUCGCAAGGCCGUUCAGGUGGUUGGGCCAUAUGAGUACAACCUGCUGAUGAGUCCAGACAUCAACACAGGCCUACACCAUCGCUGGUUCUACUUUGAAGUGGCAGGCAUGCGCAGUGAUGUGGACUACACAUUCAACAUUGUAAACUUUGACCGCAGUGGAAGCCUGUACAAAGAAGGCCAGUGCCCGCUGCUCUUCUCUGUCCGAGAUGCGGCCAACGGCCGUGGCUGGCGUCGUAUUGGUGGUGGCAUCAGCUACCAGCGCAACCUGCACUGGCGAGCUGACAAGGGACCCCUCUUCACACUGAGCUUCACUGUCCGCUUUCCCCAUGCUGGAGAUGUGUGCUACAUUGCCAACAACUUUCCUUAUGGUUUUUCUCUCCUUAAGGCACACCUUAAACUUUGGCUCAGCUCAUAUGACCGUGGUAGCAUAUUCCUGGAGCGUCAGGAGCUGUGCAGGACCAUGGCUGGCAACCCCGUGCCUCUGCUGACCAUUACAGCCCAGCCCUUGGAAUUGUCCAGGCCAUAUAUACUGCUAAUGGCUCGAGUACACCCUGGUGAAACAAAUUCUUCGUGGAUAAUGAAAGGAAUAAUUGAUUUCCUCCUCAGUGACAAGCCAGUUGCACAGCGAGUCCGUGAAACCUUUGUGUUCAAAAUUGUGCCAAUGCUGAAUCCUGAUGGUGUUAUCAAUGGAUGUCACCGCUGUUCAUUGGCGGGCCAGGAUUUGAAUCGGCAGUGGUCAUUCCCAGAUCCUGACUUGCACCCCACAAUCUAUCACACCAAGGCACUUCUAGCCUACUUGGCACACCAAGGACGAACUCCACUGGUUAUGUGCGACUUCCAUGGCCACUCACGACACUUCAAUGCGUUUCUCUAUGGCUGCUCACCGUCUCGUUCAUGGUUGCUCCAUGACAAACCCGAAGAAGAUGACGAUAUUUGUGAGCAGGUGCUAGCUGCAAUCCUACACCAAGUGAGCCCUGCAUUCACGUACGAGUCAUGUUGCUUUGACGUGGAGCGGAGUAAGGAGUCAACAGCCCGAGUGACAGCCUGGCGCCAGUUUGGCAUUCGACUGAGCUACACGUACGAAUGCUCCACAGCUGGAUGUGACCAGGGCAUCUAUGCUGGUUAUCACCUAGGUGUGGCUCAACUUGAGGAGAUGGGCAUGCAAUUUUGCGAAGCACUUAGUCGUCUGGAACUUUCGGCUGAUGGUGAUGUGCAGUUGGACCCAUCUUGUGCUGAACUGCUGGAUGUGUGCCGGCGGCGUGUCCGAGAGAAGAAGCGCGCUCCAUGCAGCAGUGGCAGUACCGACUCACUCGUUGACGAAGAAGACGAGGAAGAGGACGCAGCUCCCAUUGCAAAACCAUAGUUUGCCCGGUGCCAUUUGUUUUUAUUGCACUUUCCACAGUCAGUUUUACACGGACUGUUUUUAGCACACACUCACGGUGAUACCUUUCCCAUCGAAUGGUUGUUGGACGUGUGGACGAUUUGUCUGCAUUGGUUCCCUUUCUUUUUUCUUUUCCUCAUAAUAUCAUGGGACUAGCUUGGUCAGAACUCAAGGUGAUAUUUUACCUAGCAGUAUUGCUGGCUCUGUCGCACACUGUGUGUUGCCAAUCUGCAAGUGGGUUCCACACGACAAGCACCCGUGUGUGUUGACAGAACAUUAAUUACUCGUAGUGCUUUUAUUGUAGUGUAUCCAACCAGCACAGUUUUUAUCUGUAAGAUAUUUUGGUGCGAAAAUAAUGAAGUGCUUACAGCUUGGCAAUAAAGGUCACAUAGUGUGCACAGCUAGUCACAGCUUAUAGAAUCUAGUCACCAAAUGCAGCUGUUUACAAUUUUAAUUUUUCUGCGGUAAUACAAUAUUAAAUAUUUCCAAUCCUUUUACUUGCAAACUUUCUUUCAUACACAUACUAGCACGUGUAUUCUCUGUACAUUGCAGCAUUAACGUAUGAUUUUGAAGUAGGACUUCUGUAACAGGACUACAAUAAUUCACUUUUGUGCAGUAAUGCAGUACAGUUUAUAUUAG